CCAGAGGGGAACUGGGGCCCUGCCUCCCGCUGUCCGCAUGGCCCUGCUGCUCUUGGGGCUCCUGGUCCUCCUGGGCCUCUGGGGGCUGCUCCGUGCCUCUGCCCGCAGCCCCUCCCCAGCCCUGCGAUGGCCCCCCGGGCCUCGCCCGCUGCCGCUCCUGGGGAACCUGCACUUGCUGAGUGUUUCGCAACAGGACCGGUCAUUGAUGGAGCUCUCCAAGCGCUAUGGGCCAAUGUUCACCGUCCACCUGGGCUGCCAGAAGACUGUGGUGCUGUCCGGCUAUGAGGCUGUGAGGGAGGCCCUGGUGGGCACUGGGCAGGAGCUGGCGGAUCGGCCCCCCAUCCCCAUCUUUCAGCUCAUCCAGCAAGGCGGGGGCAUCUUCUUCUCCUCUGGGGCGCGCUGGAGGGCUGCCCGCCAAUUCACAGUGCGUGUGCUGCAUAGCCUGGGCGUGGGGCAGGCGCCCAUGGCCGACAAGGUGCUGCAGGAGCUGGCGUGUCUCAUGGGACAGCUGGAUAGCUAUGGAGGUGAGCAGGGGCUGGGACACCUCUCCCUGGGGUCCCCUGCCUGCCUGAGGCCCGUCUCCCCUGCAGGCCGGCCUUUCCCUCUGGACCUGCUGGGCUGGGCUCCCUCCAACAUCACCUUCGCACUCCUCUUCGGCCAGCGGUUUGACUACCAGGACACCAUGUUUGUGUCCCUGCUGGGUCUCAUUGAUGAGGUCAUGGUUCUCCUGGGGUCACCCAGCCUACAGUUGUUCAACAUCUACCCCUGGUUGGGGACCCUGCUCCAGCUGCACCGGCCUGUCCUGCGCAAGAUCGAGGAAGUGCGUGUCAUCCUGAGGACUCUCCUGCAGGCGCGGGCCUCCCCCACGCCCCAGGGUGGCCCUGCGCAGAGCUUCGUGGAUGCUCUGAUCCAGCAGGGUCAGGGGGAUGACCAAGAGGGCCUCUUUGCAGAGGACAACGCUGUGGCCUGUGUGCUGGACAUGGUCAUGGCUGGCACAGAGACCACCUCCGCCACACUGCAGUGGGCCAUCCUGCUGAUGGCCAAAUACCCAGGCGUGCAGGGUGAGGCCUCGCAUGUGGCUGGGUACCCCCAGGGCAAGGUGAUGGGGUCCUCCUCAGACAUGGUACCACUUUCCGGUACAGGCCGUGUGCAGGAGGAGCUGGGCCAUGUACUGGGCCCUGGGAGGCUGCCCCGGCCUGAGGACCAGAGGGUACUGCCCUACACCAACGCAGUGCUGCAUGAGGUCCAGCGGUACAUCACGCUCCUGCCCCACGUGCCCCGCUGCACAGCUGCUGACACUCAGCUGGGUGGCUACCUGCUCCCCAAGGGCACACCUGUGAUUCCCUUGCUGACUUCAGUGCUCCUGGACAAGACACAGUGGGAGACCCCGGACCAGUUCAACCCGGGCCACUUCCUGGAUGCGGAUGGGCACUUCGUGAAGCGGGCUGCCUUCCUACCCUUCUCCACAGGCCGCCGAGUCUGCGUGGGGGAGAGCCUGGCUAGGAUGGAGCUCUUCCUGCUGUUCGCUGGCCUCCUCCAGCGCUACCGCCUACUGCCUCCACCUGGCAUCAGCCCCACUGCCCUGGACACCACUCCUGCCCCAGCCUUCACCAUGCGGCCCCGUGCUCACACCCUGCGGGCAGUGCCCUGGCCCUAGGAGCUUCCACUGGGCAAACUCCCAGGGGCUGCCCCUCCUGGGCCUCUAGUAUGGACGGCAGGGGUGGGGGGCAGCGCUCCUGAGCAGGAACACUGCCAGGCCCCACUCCCUGGUCAGCACCUCUCUGGGCCCCACCUUGACCGCAGCCACCACAUGGCUUCCAUGCCACAGACCUGUCCACGGUGGGUAGGGCUGUCCUGUCCAGUAUGGGCUGGUAACAACCUCAUCUAAAUACCACGGGGACAGAAGUGCCCCUCCAUAGCCAAACACCCUGACCCCGCCCGAGUCUGUGCCUCUGAGGCCCUGGGCUCCCUCCCAGGAUUGCACACAAACAUGGAUUCCCUCCUCCACUCUUGCUUCCAGGGCAGCAGGACACCCCUCCCUGCCUUUCUUCCUCAUUCCUUACCUCCCAUGUCCUCUGGUGCCUUUUCUGCAGUCACCCUCAGAGUGUCUCUCUGAUCUAUUCCCUACUAUCCAGUUCCCUACCAGGGCCAGUGUCCACCAGGCAUGUACAGUUUUGGGGUACAAGGAAAUACAGGGUGAUGCCUAGGCUCAGGGGUGACGUCUACCCAGAGAUUGGUCUUAGUCCAGGAGUCCCAUGACCUACCUCAUUCUUGGUGCACCUGAGAGCCAUGCCCAGAGUCCUCUGAAUGUCACUAGUUGCUGCCUCCAGCCCCCAGCCAGAGCCAAGUGCAUACUCCUUAAAGGCCAGCUCACACUUAGCUUGUAUGGGCACUGGGGCCAAGGCUUCAUGGUCUGUCCCAACACCUGGGGUCCUGAAACAAAUUCCUCCCACCCUGUGCCUCAGUUUACUCACUGGUGAAAUGGGUCACCACGACUGCAGGACCAUUGAGCUUUGAGGGAGGUGCAGGGUGGAGAUGCUGAGAGUCCAGGGGCCAACCCCAAACCAAGGUGUCCACAGGGAAUGGAGAGGCUGCUGAGGAGGGGAGGCCCCUAACCCCACGAGGGUCACUCUGCUGAUCUCCCCCAGGGCUGGGCAUAGGCAGCACGUGGAGGAACGGAGGUCCCAGGCAAGCCCUUGAGCACUCCCACAGCCAUGCCCUGGACAGGGAGGGGCAGCCCCGAGACGCCUCAGGGGAGGUGGGCCACUCAGGGCAGCCACCACCCAAGUCAGGCUGUGUUGGCAGGUGAGGUUCAAGGCCAUUUCAGGAGGCUGCUGACCCUGACCUGCUGUCUGCCAACCUCACGGGAUCCUGGUGCAGAAAGGGAGACCCACACCCUGACAUGCCCGAAGCACAAGAAGCUUCCCUUCUCUCAUGAUGCACCCAGGCCGUGGGGCAGGGCCUCAGGUUGGGUGUUAUCACACUGCCCACGGGGCUACCUGUCUCUCAGAUCUCCAGGCUACAUGGGCUGGGCUGGAAGCUCCGGUGCUUCUGCCUGAUUCUCAGCUCAUUUUUGGGAUCCUUGGGGGAGUCUCCCUUCACCAUUGAAGCAGCCAGCUCUGGGGUGCACACCUGGGGUGCAGGAAAGCCGAGAUUGCCCCCCACCUGGCCUUGAUGGCUCCCAGGCCUUCCAGAGGUGGGGCUUCUCCACAGAGACCACUAUGGACAUUCGCAUGUGGUGCACCAUCCUGGGGUCCAGCCUUAGCUGGGGUCCUGCUUUGUACCUGGCAAGCCUUCUUCAAACCCGCCUCGGUUCAGGCCAUUGUCCUGGGAGCCUGGUGGGCUGCAGGUGGGGACACUCAAGGCUCGCUGUGACAAGGGGAAGGGGGUUGGUCCUCCUGUCAGCAUGGUGGCUCCAGAGUCAGAGGGCUAGCAAGGGAAGUGGGGCAGCUUCCAAGCUAAUUGUUACCUCCAGGAACCUUUCUUAGGGUCCUUCUGAUCCCCACUCAUCUGCCAAAUCUCUGCCCCACGCCUUGACCAUGACCUUGGUAGAGGACACAGGAACCAGCUGCUGAGUGGGUGGAGGCCCAGUUGGGGAUGUGGAUGACACCCAAAUAGCAAAGGGGUACCUUCUGAGCAAGGGAGGCACCCAGCCACAAGGAUUGGGGGGGCACUGCUUACUCAGGGUUGUGACAGUGCGGGCCAGUCAGUUGAGUGGGAUAGGGUCCCUGGUCCAGGGACUUCACAUGCACAAAAGGUGGCCCCUCCUGGAGAAAGAAAAGGAACUGUAGCUUUCCUGCCGUGGAGCAGCGCCCCGAGAUUGGGAGAGCGGCUGGACCACAGGAGCAGCAUGACACAUCUCCAGUCCCCAGAGCGGGCGCAGCAAGCUCCCAAUAACCGGGGGAAGGUCACUGCAACAGAGGCUUGCAGGGACAAGGUGCUGACACUGUGGUCACGUGAAGGAGUGGGUCAAGGAGGUGAGGGGAGCUUGGCUGCAUCCAGUCUUUCUGGGGAAGAGCUAGGCGACAGGCACAUAAGUAUCUGCUCCUCUAUUCUCACGUUUGGAACCUGUCAUUUAAAGGUUGAGGGCAGAAAGAACCUGUCCCAGCACCAAGGGGGAGCUUUUCCAACAGAACAAACUAAUCUCACCUGGCCUCAACUUCAGCUGACCCAAGGACUAUCUGGGGAAAUGCUGGUCCCUUCUUCCCAGCAUUGGGGAGACUCAGCCGACACUCAAGACACAGGUGAUGGGGUCGUGAGAUCAUCACCCAGAGUCCGGGGGCCACUUGCAGCCUGGAGAAGCCCAUCUCCAGCGUGAGGCAAAACUCCAGCAUGUGCUGGAUUCUGGGUGGGAGGACUGUCCACUAUUGCCCAUUGCUGUACCCUGGGGUGAUGCUGCUCACACCUGCCCCAGGAGGCCGGGAACUGGACAAGUGGGCUUGGAAGCAGGUGGGUGAAUCCCUGCUCUGCUGGGCAAGAUGCCAUGUGGGUGCAUCCAGAGGAUUCUAACCUUAAUUACUACUCAGCUUGAAGGUUCUUUACUUUAUCAUCUGUGACCCACCCCCCCCCCCCACGAAAAUGAGGAAGGUAUGAGAGGUUGAGGUCCCUGAGGACAGAUACGGAAACUGAGGUUGGGGUGUAACUUGCGCUCAGCUGGGAGGCAGGGGAUGGUGACCAGGCACAGUACCUGUGCCCAGGAGCUGCCAGAAAGCUUGUGCCACCAGGAGGAGGGUGUGGGAGCCAGCACCAGCGAAGAGCAGGAGGACAGCAGAAGCCCAGCCUGCCACAUCAGAGAAGUCAGAGAGGGACAAUCAGGAAAAGAGAAAGACACAGCAGGCAACUGCUCCAGGAAGAGCGCAAGACAGACCCAACACGGCCUCCGUUCUGAGAUCUCAGAACCGUGCCUAAACACACACCCUUCAAGACACAGCGGACAGAAGCUACCUCCUCAGGGGCUGGUCUCCAGGUGCCCAGUGGAUCUGUGAGGGUCCCACCACCCCAGUCAGCGCCUGCCCCUCACCCAGAGUUCCUGUGCCAGUCCACCUGCACGCCAUGGCUCCCAACACCAUUCUGACUUUUGAACAGUGGUUUCUGGUUGGUCAAGCCAUGCACACACCUGCUGAUAAAGAGGAACCUUAGGAGGAAACAAACACUGUCACCUCAUGUUGCCAGCAGGCUUUGUCCUGCAGAUGUCUUUGUGACCUUUCUCCUGAAGGUGUGUCUGUCCUAGAGGUGUCCUGGGGAACACUAGUUUAUUAAAAUCAACUUUAGUGAGGAA